AACAAACACCACACAAUAUUCGCCGGUGUAGACAUCGGAUAGAGGGAAGACGAAGGGCGCUGUGAAAAUCCAUCGGCAUCCUGGUAGUUGUGAAGAAUUAAAGGAAGAUCAAAAUGUGGUCGAUGUUAGGAAAGAUGAUGCUUUUUUUGCUGCUGGUGCUUCCCUGCACAGUUAUGAUAUUUGAUAAUAACAAAGCAGCAGUGUAUGCCCAGGAAGGGGAUGCAAUGGAAGGCGAGGAUGAUGAAGACACUGUGGUUGAGAGUGAAGAUGGUGCUGAUGACACAGAGCAAGCAGUAACUGAAACAGAAAAGGGAGAUGAAGAAGAAGAAUCAACUGAGGAAGAACAACAGUUGAAACCUUCACCUGAUGCUGAUGCUGUUAUGCUUUUUACCAAACCAGUUGGUGUAACAGAUUUACCAGCGGGUGAAACAAUUCGAUUUUUGGUUGGUUUCACAAACAAAGGAGAAAAGACUUUCACCGUUCAGUCACUGGAAUGUUCUUUCAGAUAUCCUCAAGAUUACAACUUCUUUAUUCAGAAUUACACAACAGCCCAGUAUAACCAAGAGGUGGCAUCCAAAAGACAGGCGACAUUUGAGUAUGGAUUUACUCCCAAUGAGGGAUUUGCUGGUAGACCCUUUGGAUUGUCCGUCCUGCUAAAUUACAAGGAUGAGGAUGGUAACCUUUUCAUGAGCCCAGUCUUCAAUGAAACUGUCAACAUAGUAGAACCAGAUGAGGGAUUGGAUGGAGAAACAUUUUUCCUGUACGUGUUUUUGGCAGCUAUUGCGGUUUUGCUAUUGGUUGGUGCGCAGCAACUCCUGGCUUCUUUCAGCAAAAAACGUCGUUCAAGAACGCCGCAUCAUCAUCAGCCUGUGGAGAUGGGCACACAGAAUACAGAUGUGGACUACGACUGGAUCCCAAAGGAAACACUGGACAGGGAUUUAAACAGGUCACCGGGGCGUUCACCAAAACAAUCCCCCCGCCAGAGGAAGAGCAAGAGGACCGCCGGGUCCGGCGAAGAAUGAUCGUGUUAAUGCUCAUGCUGAUGGAAGUGGAUUUAAAAACCAGGUCACUGUUACACAUACAACGGGAGUACAACAGCUUCAUGGACUGCAAGAAAAUCAUCAAACUCUUCACAAGAAAUCAUGUUAUCCUCUAAAUCUUGGGGUUUUUUUUAAGUUUGUUUUUUUAAUGGCAUGAAAGUGGUCAAAAAGGUUAUCAUUUUGCUCAUUUGAGUUUUCCUUUUUUUCAAAAGUUUCAUAUACGCAGAAUGAGAGUUAAGAGAUUGUUCAUUUUUUUUCUUUGAAAUAGGUGGAGUGUAAAUUAUGUUGAAGAUUAUUUUUGCAGUAUUUAUUUUUUCCAGUUUAUUCCACCAAAGUUCAAUUUUUUCUUGUAUAUUUUUAUUUGAUUGUGAGUAAUAACAAAUAAUUUAUAGAAUGUAAAGCAAACUGUGAUAGUGAAUAUAUAGUCAGGAGUAAAUGAGUGAACCACCACAAAGUCCAAAUAAGAAGAAAGAAGAUAUUAUGAAUUCAUCAUUGAGUCUGUGAACUAAUGAUGAACCUUUUGACAAGAAAAUUGUAUUGAAAAUGUUUUAUAUGUACUUUAAUAAAAAUGGUGCAGGGAAAAAUGUCUGAGAAAGAAAUAAUUAUGUGUCUGGAACAGUAUAGGUCUGUUGAUUCGUAAAUGUCAUUAGAAAUUUCCUAUCAUGAUUAUUAAUUUGAAAAAGUCUUGGAUAGUAGGGUAGUUAAAAUGUGAAGGAGCUAUGAUUUGUGCGUCUAAGUCCUGUGGCAUUCCAAUGCUUUGUACUAUAAGUUCAUUAUUUUAUGUGACAACAGUGUCAACUUCUACUUCCUGUUUAGUAAAUAAAAUUAUUAAAAACUAGAA